UCUCUCUCCCUCGCUGCUCUCUCGCUCGUUCACUCUCUCGUGCUCGGUUAGUGAAGUUGCAGUCGCGCGGUAGCAGAGAUGGACCAGCCUGAAUCCAGACGCAUCGGCCAGCGACCAGUUGACGCAUUGAUCCAGGAUUUCAGUAUCUGAUCAAAUCAACUGACAACACACGAGAUCUAAUCAAGGGCCUCCAGACAGACAACCCAAGACAUGUAUGGUCAUCUUGAUUUACUGAUAUGACCUGAGCUGAUCUGGGAUCAGACUAAAGACUUCCAUUUUUAGUGUGGGAGUGAGAAAAUUGAAAUCCCAGAACAUGACGUAGGAAAAUUCUGUUCUGGAAGAUGAAGGUGCGCUCGUGUGUCGGUGUCUUUUCUCAUGAAGAAAAGAAGGAAAGUAGAAGCAUGGACUGAUACGAUGUGUUAAAACCAAGGGGGCACAAAUUCAACACUUUAUUUUUGUUCUGAAAGUGAAGAAAACAUGGGCAUCCAGCACCUCCUGCUGCUCCUCAUCUACCUGGACCCACUGUGUGGCUUCAAUGCGAACAAAAGGAGCAAAAGCCCCCCCAGGAAGGGCGGGAAAGUAAAGGAGGUAAACGCCACAGUGGCCCCCAGCGUCGUCAAGAGUACGACUGGUGCUGGCACGGGCACGGCUCUGCCCCGGCGGGUGACGCAGCUCUCAGCGCCCACCCUGGCAGGAGAGCACGACACCUGUCUGGGGUACUACGAUGUCAGUGGUCAGUACGACAAAGAGUUCGCUUGCAACAACACGGACCACCGCUACUGCUGCGGCUCCUGCUUCCUGCGCUUCUGCUGCCCGAUCCGAGGCAAGCGGCUAGAGCAGCGCACCUGCACCAACUACAACACACCUGACUGGAUCAAAACCCAGCCACCUUCCCCCGCACCCACCGGCGAGGUGUACGACCCAGCACUGGACCGCACCAACACCACCGUCUACAUCGCCUGCGGCGUCAUCGCCCUCAUUGUUCUGCUCGGGAUCUCUGCCAAGGUAGCUUACGACAAGGCCACGAGACCCCCACAGGAAAUGAACGUCCACAGGGCUCUGGCAGAUAUCCUGAGACAGCAGGGUUCCACCGCCGCCUCCCAGUACGAACAGGAGAACAUGGCCACUAUAGAGGGAUCACCUAAAGAGAGCAGCCUCAAAAACCACUACACACCAGUUCACAACAAAACCAACCACGGACAUCACGGGAAGGAUAAUUUCCGCAGUGGUCAGGACAUGCACAACUUCAUCUCCUCUGGGUUCGUCACGCUGGGUAGAGGACACCUGAAAGCUCAGCACUCUGUGGAUGAUCUGGGCGGAUUGUCUUGGACAGGAGAUCUGGACGUUCCUUUAUCGUACGGCAGCCAUCAGCAUGAUUAUACGAGCCAUCUGGACCUCACAGGAUCACACACACCUAAAAUCGGCCACAGAAUAGAGCGCUACGAAAAGCCUCGGAUGAACAACAUCCUGACCUCGCAGACGGAACCGUACGAUCUGUCGUUCUCACGCUCCUUCCAGAAUCUCACACAACUCCCUCCUUCCUACGAGAUGGCCAUCAAACCUGACUUAAGUGAUAAGGGCUUUGAUGAUUUCUACAGCAGAAAGCAGCAGCUCCUCCUGCCGGACAUCACCCCCCGUGUUUCGGGUCUACAGACCCACAUGAUGAAGCUCAGCAGCAACUCGCCCCCCAGCCUCCCCCACAGGCAGCAGCAGAAACCCCGCCGCGUCCAGAGGGCCAUGAGCCAGGACCACGUGCUCUCUCCACCCAUGCCCAGGACCCCACGCAAAAAAGUCCUGCAGUCGGCCAUCUCCUACGCACCUCCCGCGUCCCCCUACCACGGCCGAAUCCUGUCCCAGGAGCAGCUGCUCUCGGCCGACCGACUGCAGUCCCAGGAUCCUUUGCUCUCCCCGGAGAAGAUGCUAUCGCUGCGUCGCUCCAACUUCCGAGAAAAGGCCAUGAUGUCACGGGCGCUCUCACACGCGGACAUGUUCAUGCCCACCACGCCCGUCAUGGACCGCCAUUACAAAAUGGCCAAGAUGCACUCGCACUCGUCCUCCAACAAAAGCGACGGCGAGGACGUUUCCUACAACAACACGCUGCUGAGCGUCGGCGGCCCGCAGACUGCCAACAGGAGGCAGGCGUUUGCUUCCCGCCGCAUGCACACCGUCGACCACCUGCAGUACAUCCCGGGACACCAGCACCACCAGUACCGCACCGCCAGCAAGACGGAGGUGACCGUCUGACCCAGACUGAGAGAGAGAGACAGAAACAGAGAGACACAGAGAGUCUGAGAGUGAUUGAGAAUGAAAAAACAGAAAGAAAGAGAUAUACAAGGAGAAAACUGCAAUAAGAAAGUGAGACAGACUGAGAGAGAGAGAGAGAAAAAGAGUAAAGCGUGUGAAAAAGAGGACCAGGAACAAGAGAAAGCACAAGAAAAAGAGAGAGAUUAAAAAAACAGAUGAAAGAGAGAGAGCGAGAAAGCCAUAGACAAAGACACUGAAUGCAAUUGAGAAAGAAAAGCAGAAAAUGGUUUGGGUGAUGGUGGGAUAAAGAAAGAGAGAGACAGAAGUGAAGAUGCUGAAAGUGACAGAGGGAGAGAGAGCUAGGGAGGAAAGAACAAGAGAGAGAAAGAAUUUAAGGGAGAGAGAAUUUGAGAGAGAAAGUGAGGGAGAGAGUUAGUAGGCGAGAGCCUGUCACUGAGUGAGUGAGUGAGAGAGAGAGAGAUUACAGAAUUAAAAGGAGGAGAAAAGGGUCACCAAACAGAAGCUGUAGCAGCGUGCAGUGUGUGUGUGUGUGUGUGUGUGUGUGUGUGUGUGUGUGUGUGUGUGUGUGUGUGUGUGUCCUACUUUACACCACUUUCAGCGACCUUGACCCGCUCCCGCUUUCUUCAGCUCAAGCCUUCUUCUGCUUCUGCCUCUCCUGGGUCACUCGGGGAAGGAGACACACUUUCCUUCUUCGUCCAACGUAAGGGCUUUACAUGUCCACACACACACACACACACACACACACACUGUACAGCGCAUCAUAAUGGAAACAAACAGACUUGAAACUUUUUUUUCAGCAGGACUGAACUGGACUGAGACCUGGACUAAAUUUCUACAUCUCUAUGAACACAAUUAUUAAGAUUUGUUAUUCUAGUCCUCAGUAGAGCUUUACAAAAUGUAGGUUUAAAACUUUGGAUUCCAGAGACAGAAAAAAAAAUCUAAAAAUAACACACACACAUUGUCCCAUUUCAGUACAGAAGUGGAGUAAAGGGUUAAAAAAGCACAAUGAACUGAGACAACCUUCGUUUUCUCUCUUCAUGUAUUUCUGUUGUUCCUUUUCUCUUCUUUUGGUAUAUCAGCUGAUUCCUAUCUGCCUCUUAGAGGCGCUAUGUGGCAGUUUCCUGCGUUAGAGGACUGUAAAUAUGCUGUGGUAGAUUUAGUUUAAAGGGUGAGUUUAGCGUCGUCAGCUUCCAGGGUGCUUAUUUUCUGUUAACCGGACCCCUGGAGCCUCAUGUGGUCUCAAUUUUACACUGAUGCUGCGCCUACAAAUGUCUUCUUUCAUGCCUACUGGUGCUGUGUUUACCCCCAACAUUAGAAAACACUGGUAAAAUCCCAUUCACUAAUAAAAAAAAUCAUAUAUUUCCAGUGCACUGUUUAUUUCAGUUAAAGGUUUAUUGUGAAGCAGGUUUAUGUUGGUGAUACUACUACUUUUUCUGAUGUAAUUUUUUUUUUUUUUUGGUUAGCUAUUAGUUGAUCACUUGUUCACAUUUGCAGGCUGACGAUUCUCCAGAAGAUGGUGCUGCUACCAGAUGAAAUGUAUUUUAUUCUGUUUUAUCAGGCUAAAGUUUCUCUAUGGCGUGCUGUCAACACUCAACUCUCUGUCACACUCAGCUGCUCCGUGUGGAAACAUGCAAACAUUUGUGCAUCCCUGGUCAAAAAGUUUUAGGUGAUGUCGGUGUAUUAUUUUGCUUUUGUACAAUUUAUGUACAAAGUAAAAAAGGAAUAAAAGUACCUUGUAAAUGUAUGGCCCUAGAAGAUUUAAGCCUUAAAGUGGACAUGAAACACUUCAAGUAUUUAGUAUAAUUCACAAGAUGUAAGUUUAACAGCACAGUCAGUGCAACGGAAUUAAAAUAAUAUAAUCUAAAUGUAAUUUUUUUAGGUAAGCGCAGCGCCAUCUUGUCCCAGCGCUGAAAGUGACGUCACGAGGUUGGUUCCCGAACGCCUCACUGAACUAUUAGUCUACAGUAACUUAGUUCCUCAAUAGAUAAUAAAAUGCAAACCAAAAAUUAAUGCAAAGCGGGAGGCACUUUUGUAUUGCCCCUGGGUGUAGUAAUACUGGGUGUAUUAAUACGUUUUAUAGGCUGAAGAAUGAGAAAGAUUCCCUUUCACUUUCAUACCUCGCCUCUUAUGCGGACAGCUGUUCUUCCGCGGGGGCUCGCAGCGCUGAAACGCGAGAAUCCUCCGGUUAGCUGCAAUGCUAGGGGUUAGGAGGGAGCACUUUCUAGACCAGGACUCUAUGGAGGAGAGGGUUUUUGAGUCAGGAGCAUUAGCGCCGGAUAAAUAAGCUGCAGUCCGAGGCUUUUUUUCCUCCGUUUUUAUUUUUCUUCUGAACAGCUGGGAUGUACAGACCAUCCGACUGAGGGUAACAUUACUAUGAGAGCAGCAGCUGUACGAGCCAAACAAUGCGCUCACCAGCAGAGCAGCGAGAGGUAACUUUACCCAAAGUACAGAUAAGCUGACAGUUAAAAGAUAACAUAGCUAGCAUUAGCUACUUUUCUAGCUAUCUUACCAUAGCUAGCCAACGCUAGCUAACUAACUAACACUAACUAGAUGAAGCUAGCUACCCAGCAAGCCUUCUAACUUCCAAACUGAACGGUUUAUCAACCAAACAGCUUCUGGGUGUUUCAACCAACCUCAUGACGUCACCAGUGCUGCAUGGUAUAAAUAUAUUAUAAUUUAGUGUGUAAACAUUUUAUAUAAAAAAAUCCCCCCAAAUAAAUUUCAUUAUAUUUAAUCCCUUAGAAAACUUGUACAAACUUAAAUGUUUCAUGUCUCCGUUAAGACCUUAAUUAGCCUGUUAGGACUAUGGCUUAUUUACACAUUUCAAAGAUUUAUUAUUUCCCAGAGUCUUCUAACCUUGUCCCAAUCAACCUCAGCCAUGGGUACUUCUGAAGGUGCUUACACACUGCAUGCGGUAUGCCUUGCCGCAUUCUGCUCUGAUCCUUGUUCUGCUAGACACUUGCCAGGUGUGACUGGGUUGUGCUGCUGCUGAGGACGAGCGUCUCCUGCUGAUAAUAGGCAGAGUUUUCUAAAACACACGUCUGCAAGCGGCGUUUUGUAGUUUUGAGUCUCUACUGUCUCUCAGCCUCAGAAUAAAGUUCUGAUAUGACUGUAGGGAAGUGAUGUACAGCUGAGAAUAUUUAAUCAUUGUUAAUAUUAGUCACUUGCUCAUGUUUUUUGCUGUUUGGACUAAAGUUUUUUCCCUGCUCGCGUGAAUUCACGUUGUGUGUUUUCUGCAGUGGUACUGCGAUCAAAGUUGAACCAUGUUGAGCUUUAGCGCGAGCGUUAGCUCAAAUGUUAGCGCGGAAGAGAUGCGGUUAUGGGCCUGGAAACGCCUGGAAAUGCACCACUACACUGCUUUGCUGAUGGAGAAACUAUUGAAUCCAGUUGGGGUCAGCAUGCUGCGACACACCUACCACAUGCAGUAUGUAAGCUAUGAGAAUAUUUCAGACAGCUGCUCGUCAGGAAGAUUUAGCAAACUUUCUGAUACAUUGUCCUACUGUUUAGAGAAACCUGCAAUAAUAAAGUCUUCAUAAAUUAGUCAUCAGAAGAAAACUUCUCUUGAAGGUUUUACUAUGGCUCUCACAGUCCCCUGAUCUGAAGAGCACUGAAAAUCUGUGGAUACAUCUUAAAAGAGGAGGGCAUACAAAACAGCCCAGGAAUCUCACAGAACUGAACAUAGACUUUAGCUUGGGAGAAUUGAUGAAAUCCCUCAAAGAAGAACUGAAAGAAACUUGGUCGCUACAAAAAGAAUUUACAAGAUGUGAUAUUUGCCCAUGCAGGGUGCCAAAACCUUUGCUCCUGGCCCUUUUCCUUUUUUUUAGUUAAUAGUUUUUUUGUUGUUGUUUAAAAUACUAUGGGCUGCAUCUUCUUUAACACUAUGCCUGCCAGAGAUAAUUUAAUCCUCAACUUGCUUAACAGUACCAGUCUUUUGGACAAGGAUGCCCAAACUUUUGCAUGCCACUGUGUUUCUAAAUUGUCCUGGUGGGCUGAUACUCCACCUUUUCUCCAAGUUAUUUAGAUAUUUAAUAGAUGUUUUUGGCUGCAACUGAACAUAUAGCUGCUAUUCUUAACAGUCACAGUGUGAACCUUCUCAAGAAAACAACAAAACAUUUGAAAUAUCAUGUUAUGGUACAAAGCUAGUCCAACCAUUGAGCUCCAGUAGCUACAAAAAAACACAUUUGUGGGCGGAGCAUAAAUAGAUGUCUAGCACUUACAGCUAGUUCAGUCAUAUCGUCAAUGGCAUAGACAUGUACAGUUAUGUAUGUUCUUGUGUGUGUGUGUGUGUGUGUGUGUGUGCGUGCGUGUGUGUGUGCGUGUGCGUGUGUCUAUUGAUUUAUUGGCUACUAUUGGUCUAGUUACUAAUGAACUCAGUGGAGUGGACCAUGUUGUCUAGAGCUGUUACCAUCAUAAGAUACCAAUUGAUUUUUUUUUUUUUACUGCACUAAUUGUACAGCUCUAAAGAUGCGCUGUUUGGUUAGUUGGAUAAUACUUGAUGUGUACUGACUGUUGAUUUUAACAAUGAUGUCCAAACUUGCUUUCAUUGGUCGGCACUUUGGUUCAAAUUUAGUGUUAACUUUUAAUUUGAAUACUCCUUGUUAGGCUUUGUUUUAAUUUCAGUCAAGUUCACAUAUCAGUAAAAUCAGCAUUACAUUACUUGAGCAAUGUUUAAUGCCAGUCUCAGGAAUGGCAAAAACAGUAGAAAAUUGACUUGUGCAUUUUAAUAACCGAGUCCAGGUGAACUUCAAGAAGCUGGUGAUCCGGAACUGAGCACCACCGUAGCCCUUCAUGACUGGAGUUGCCCCAGUGGACCAUGUUUUACUGGGGGGAUCUUGUAACAGUGCUGUGCUGGUGAUUCAAACACUUCAGCUGUUACAAAAUAAAACCUGAAUGCUGAACACCGAUUCCUACAA